CUCCCGCCUCUCUUUCUGACGGAUUCAUCUUGCUACGACGACAAAAAGAUCCAGAGGUAUUAUGAACCUGCCUCCCAACUCCAAGCGGCUCUGUGAGCGAUGCACUCGAAUGACUUCGACGCUCGAGGGUCUGCAAGAACUGGCUUCCAGACAAGGCUACAAGCAUCUCUCGAUCGAGGAGCUAUACAGCUCGGCAGCUUUAGGGUGCUCUUUUUGUACUAUAUUGACAAGGUAUCACAAGAGAGGAGAACGUGGUUAUCCAGAAACACAGGUUCAAAUACUCCCAAGAAGUUCCCCAUUGAAGGACGAUGAAAUCGGGGAUCACAUGGCGCAGUCCGGGAGCACAGAUUACCCCUUCACAAAUGCAAAACUGGAUGACCUUCAGAGCUGUAAGUGGUACAAUUGGACCAAAGCCGAAGACACAGAUUCAAGGAGUCUCGAUUCAAGACCUGGAUGGUUGUAUCCUUUCACAGGCCAAGAUGAUACUGCAGCGCCAUAUACCAAUAUUGAAGACGAUCAUAUCUCGGUUUCUGGACCAGAAAUUGAGGAAGAGAUCUUGAAGCGGCUUGAAUUGUGCAUGAAAAACCACUCUUGUUGCCCGAAAUCAAAUGAGUCGUGCUUGCCUUCUCGAGUGAUAGAUGUCCGCCCCAAAGGCGAGGACGACAAAGUUUAUCUCUACACCACACAAUCUAAAGAUGCAUCCAAAUAUCUCGCACUGAGCUAUGUUUGGGGUGGUCCACAAGAGGUAACAACAACAACGGCCACACUUCUGGACAAACAUCAAGGCAUCUCAAUGCCUAAUCUUCCACUCACAAUACAAGACGCAAUCAGAGUCACUCGGAACCUUGGAUUCCGGUAUCUCUGGAUUGACGCCCUGUGUAUCAUUCAAGAUGAUGAUGAAGAUAAGAAGCACGAGAUCAAGCGCAUGGGUACAAUUUACAAAAAUGCGACUAUGACUAUCGCUGCCGCAAACACCACAAGUGUUAACGAAUCUUUCCUUGCUCCCAGACCAAUACCUGGUACCUGUCCUUUCCCAUAUCUCCUUCCUGAUGGUACCUUUGGAACCCUUUGGAUUAAAGACAAAGGCCAUCCAGAACCCAUACAAAGCCCUCUAGAUUCUCGAGCAUGGGCCUGUCAAGAAUCUCUACUUUCGCCUCGAAUUCUUUGGUACGGGCCAGCACAUCUAAAGUGGAUUUGCAAUGUAGACAAGUUCCCUGACUGCAAUUUGGGGAAAGCUCCAACGUACUAUUCCAGCUACAACUACAAACAUCGACGCCUUCCACAGAGUAUCUAUGGGCUUGCGGAGGAACUCGUUGAUGAUAUCGACACUCUUAGGUCGAGGAUAUGGAUCCAAACUAUGAUGGACUAUAGCAGCCGUGCCCUGACAUACCAUGAAGAUCGCCUUCCCGCGCUCUCUGGUGUGGCUUCUGAAACGCAAAAAGUUUGGGGCGACGAGUACUAUGCUGGCAUGUGGCAAAAGUAUCUUGUCAGACACCUCGCAUGGCACGCUAGCAUUUCCACAACCGCGACGAUCACAAAGGAUGCCGAUACUGAGAAUUUGCACCUCCCAAAACAAGACCAAUCUCAAUCGCCGACUUGGUCUUGGACUUCAUACAAAGGACAGGUUGGUGUGGAAGAAGUUGAAAAGAGUUUUGCAGAAGUAUUAGACUGCCGUAUUACGUUAGUAGACGACGAAUUCCCAUUGUCACGGCUUAUUGACGGAAGGCUUGAACUCGACACGGCGUGCAUUACAGAAGAAGAUUAUUCGCAGAUGAGGAAAUCGUAUCCACGGGAACUUCCUCGAUUUACUCGAUUCUAUUGGGACUACGAUCAGUGCGAGGACCAAGAUCACAUCAAUAAGUCGUUUGUUUAUGCUCUUCUUGGCUUCAAAGAGCGCGAUGAUUUCGUAGCCCUAGUGUUGGCUCCACUUGGAGAUGGGACAUUUAUGAGAAUUGGGAUAUUCCGCGGCGCGAGUGGUAAUGUUCUCUUUGGGAAACCAAGAUCUUUGGUCAGGAAAAGGAUAAUCAUCAUCUGAACAUUCACAGCAUUUGAAACAAGCUCUAACAUAUUGGGCAAAUAGAAUGUAAGAAGCACCACUAUUGCAAUGUGUUUCCGCGUUGCAGCAGAGCUUUCAUCCCCUCAAAAAUUGAAUUG